GCAGCCUGUUCAUUUAGCGACUCGUAGUGAGCUGCAUACGCUCAUCACGACACAUAAAUGGACGACACAACAGAAAGCCAUUCGCGUAAUGCAUUUCUCUCGUGGAAAUACAAAGACUGUUAUAUAAAUCUGAAAAAGGCAUGGUGUUUAGAGAAUUAAUGACAGCUGGAACUAAAGAGGAGCUACGUGAUGGGAAAUCAAGAGAUAGAGGAAGUGUUUGUAGCUGUUAUACGACCAAAGAACACAGCCAGCCUCAACUCCAAAGAGUACCGAGCUAAAUCUUAUGAGAUUUUACUUAUUGAAGUUCCCCUGGAGGGAAAAGAGAAAAAACGGAAAAAAAUACUGCUUGGGACCAAAAUUCAGGCCAACAGUGACCGGACAAAGUCAAUUCUGGAGUAUGUAGAUGAAACCACGAAGCCCAUAUCCAAUAACCAGGGCAUAAUAGGGAAACGUGUUGUGCACAUGAGGAAGUUUCAGUUAGAUGGUGACAGCGAAGGGAAGGAAGCGUCCUUAUUUAUUGUGCCAAUCAAUGUCAAAGAAAACAACAAGUCUGUUUAUCACCCUGGGAGCCCCAGUUUCUAUUGCCUUCAGGACAUUAUGCGUGUGUGUAGUGAAACCAGUGCCCAUUUUUCCUCCACCACCUCAAAGAUGCUACUCGCUCUGGACAAGUGGUUAGCAGAGCAGCACACUGUGCCUCACGCCAUUCCUGCUCUUUUCCGGCCUGCUCCGGUAGACCGUGUGAAAACUAAUGUGAGUAACCCGGCCUAUUCAGUGGAAAGCAAGCAAACUGACGGCCUGCUCCACAUGGGCUAUACGGCUCUGGAGAUCAAGAGCAAGAUGAUGUCCCUGGAGAAAGCCGACUUGUGCAUUGAGAACCCGCUCUAUGGGUCAGAUCUGCAGUACACUAACAGAGUGGACAAAGUCAUCAUCAACCCUUACUUUGGCUUGGGAGCACCAGAUUAUUCCAAAAUCCAGAUUCCAAAGAGAGACAAAUGGCAGCACAGUAUGACCAGCGUCACAGAAGACAAAGAGCGCCAGUGGGUGGAUGAUUUCCCUCUGCACCGCAGUGCCUGUGAAGGAGACACUGAGCUUCUGUCCAAACUGCUGGACAGUGGUUUAUCGGUUAAACAGCUGGACAGCGACCACUGGGCACCCAUUCAUUAUGCAUGCUGGCAUGGAAAGGUGGAGGCCACCAAGCUUCUGUUGGAGAAAGGGAACUGUAACCCCAAUCUGCUAAACGGCCAACUGAGCUCUCCUUUACACUUUGCAGCCAUUGGUGGUCAUGCAGAAAUCGUACAGCUCCUUCUGCAGCACCCAGCGAUAGACAGACACAUUGAGGACCAACAGAAACGAUCCCCUCUUCAAGUAUGUGAAGAGAGCAAACAGAACAACUGGGAGGAGACGGUGAAACUCCUUCAGCAAGCCAACAAUAAACCAUAUGAGAAGGUGAGAAUUUAUCGCAUGGAUGGAUCGUAUAGGACCGUGGAACUAAAACAUGGGAACAACACAACAGUGCAGCAGAUCAUGGAGGGCAUGAGACUGUCGCAGGAGACACAACAGUACUUCACCAUCUGGAUCUGCUCAGAGAACCUCACUCUACAGCUGAAGCCAUACCAUAAGCCCUUGCAGCAUUUAGGGAUCUGGAGCGAGAUAGUGACUGAUCUCACCGCUCUGGAUCCCCAAAGGGAAACUCCACAGCUCUUCCUGCGCAGAGAUGUCCGGCUACCCUUAGAAAUAGAAAAAAAGGUUGAAGAUCCAAAGUCCAUUCUCAUGCUGUUUGAUGAAGCUCGUCACUGCCUCCUCAAAGGCUUCCUAUCAACGUCAGACAGCAAGCUAAUUACUCUCGCCAGCCUCCUCCUGCAGAUCAUUUACGGAAACUACGACAGCAAGAAGCACAAACAGGGCUUUUUGAAUGAGGAAAACCUCAAAUCAGUAGUUCCAAUCUCAAAGGUUAAGAGCAAGGCACAUCACUGGACUAACAGGAUACUUCACGAGUACAAGAGUUUGAGCACCAGUGAGGGUGUGAGUAAAGAGAUGCACCACCUCCAGAGACUCUUUCUGCAGAAUUGCUGGGAUAUCCCCACCUAUGGGGCGGCUUUCUUCACAGGACAGGUGUUCACCAAGGCCAGCUCCAGUACCCACAAGGUCAUUCGAGUGUAUGUGGGGGUGAACACCAAAGGCCUGCAUCUAAUGAACAUGGAGACAAAAGUGCUUCAUCUCAGUUUGGAGUAUGGGACAUUUAUGUGGCAGCUAGGUCAGGCUGACCAGUACGUCCAAAUACACAGUUUAGAGAACAAGAAGAACUUCAUUGUGCACACCAAACAGGCCGGCCUUAUUGUCAAGCUGCUGAUGAAGUUAAGUGGACAGAUCACACCAAACGACAGAGCUGCAUCAGAUAAAUAUGCUUAUGGUUAACCCGAUCACAGAGAAGCACCGUGUUUUUGCCUUUUGCCUUUUUUUUGCAGUUGUUUUGAUUUUUAAGCUAUUAUAAAACUACAUGACUAAGAGUUGUUCAUACCAAAAUGUGAGCUGAUACAUAUCAUCAUAAAUGUUAACCUGAUUUACCAUGUAAUAUUUUCUUACUGUAUAUGAUAUUAUAUGCCUUUUAUAAUGUAAUGAUCAGUUUUUGCUUUUAACAGUUUUUUGUAAAUAUGAAUGACCAUUUUAAUAAAAAAAAAUGA